GACGACAUUUUUGCUGAGUUGGAUCUUCUUGAUCAAUCCACUCCACCAGAACGAUCUGAAUAUAGCGGUCUUGAUGCUGGAAAAUUCUGUAGCCAUUCUAAUUCUUUCAAUCGGGCUAUCGAGGUUGAACCAUCAACAGGGGCUCCAUUUUAUGGGGACCAAGUUGUGGCUCCCUCGAUCCCCUUAGGUCCUAGGAUUGGGCUUGAAGU